AUGGGGUCAUUACCAAGACCUCGGACACGCAAGCCACACAAAAAGUCCAAGAAUGGCUGCCUCGACUGCAGAAAACGCCGAGUUAAGCGAGGAACACCCAACAUGCCUGUCAUGCGCGCGCCGCCGAAUCUGUCAACAAGAACGUCGGCCUCAGCCAGCGUUUCGCUGCAGAGUCUCGGUCAUACAACGACUCAAACAUUGGAGUUGAACCAGUUACAUUUGCUCCACCACUGGACCAUCUCUACAAGUGUUGAUCUCUGCAGAUGUCCCAAGACACUGUACAUAUGGCAGGAAGCACUUCCUCAAAUUGGUAUCCGUUAUCCAUUCGUCUUGCAUGCUUUGCUAGGUCUCGCCGCCUUACACAUUGCUCACCAAUCUCCAACUGACCGAACGCGAAGUUGGCUGGUUGGCAUGUAUCAUCAUAACGAGGCUUUGACCGGAUUUCAGAAAGAAAUUUCCAUCAUCACCGAAGAGAACAGCGAAGCUUUAUUUACCUGGUCCAUAUGCAAUGUUUUAUAUGUUUUUGCUAUAUCGAAUCCAUUUCACGAGGCUGUAGACGGAAUCCCUACCUCGUCGAUAUUGGCACAGAAGGAGAAGGUUUUGGGUACUGAAUGGAUUCCCAUGAUCCGCGGUAUGGAAGCUGUGCUUGAGCCUACCCAUAAUUACCUUCGUUUUGGGAGGAUGAAGGCCAUAAUGAGUCUUGGGAAUUGGUAUGAACUUGAUCCGGAUCAAGACAGUCAGGGCCCUGAAGAUGCCUGCUUCUGUCGCGUCCGUGAGACUUGGAGCAACUCAGAUUGUGCUGAAAUCUACGAAGAGGCGCUUCAAAUCCUUCGGAAAUGUCGACUUUACUCGUCGCAGUUCCGCGACAUGGACUCUGAGACGAGAAACAGUUGGGGAUAUAAUAAAGAGUGGUCUGGGCCUCUGAUGUUUAUUCAUUUUGCACCUGACUCGUACUUCUCACUCCUGCGACAGAGGCAACCGCCGUCUUUAAUCCUCUUUUCCCUCUUUGGAGCACUUCUGCAUAGCGUAAGGAACUACUGGUUCUUGGAAGGCUGGGGGAAAGCAAUAGUGGAAGUAAUAGCAGAUGUCCUUGGGAGUUACUGGAAAGAAUGGUUACUGUGGCCCUUACAAGUUGUUCAGGAAUAA